GAACACGCUGCUGGGUUUGUCACCAGAACAGCCGCUUUCUCUCAGCAACGUUUGCUUUCUCAACCUCGUUCGCAAAACUUCUUAGAGUUCUUGAAAUUACUUCCUUUGUCGUGGUGCUAUUCUUAAGGUGCUUCUUCGAGUUUCCCGAAAGCGUUGUGUUAACGGGCCAUAUGUAUUUCUCGUUUUCGUAGUCGUAGGUCUUUCUUCUUCUGUCUUCCGCGCUGCUCUCAGCAAGCAUUUCCUCUUAAAUCAUAUUACUUGAAAGUUCUAUUUUCCGUCUUUUUCCAGAAAACUCAUCUCCACUAUGUUUCCGCAAAUGCACUCGAUUGUCGACUAUGUCUGUUCCCUUCAUUUCCUCCCCAUAGGAGCCUCUGUGGUGCUGCCGGGCGUUGCGUUGUUUUACGCCGCCUCGUGGCUCACCUGCGCCGGGCUGUGCGUUGCUUGUUUGCUUGUCUCCGCCGCUGCCUUCUUUUUUGAGCCUCUCCUGACGUUAGCGCCGAUGGGUGGCCACUACAAUGUGGGGUUGAAGGAGCUGCGCGGCGACUUGGCGGCAAGGAAGCCGCCCAUCUCCGUUUUCUACCCCACCACGUCCGCCCCCGAUCCAUGCGGUGUGGACUGCAUCCCGUUUCACGAUACCCAGUACCUGCGCGGGAUGGCGCGUUUUGCCGGGGUGCCUUUCUUUCUGUUGAGGGACCUUCUCUUCAACCGUUGCUGCAUGCGGGCCGACGCCCCACCGGCGCAGCUCUUCCAGGAGGAGGGCAUGCCCCGCCCCAUUGCCGUCUUCAGCCAUGGCUACGCUGGAUUUCCUCGCCUCUACAACGCUCUGUUGAUGGACAUGGCGGCACGUGGGGUGGUGGUGUUCGCUGUUACCCACAUGGAUACGAGUGCCUCCUACUGCCGAGACGCCGGUGGCAGCCUUCACAUCCCAUUCAUCGCGGAUACAAAGUGGACCACCGAGGCGACCGAGCCGCUGCUGGCUAUGCGGGUGCGGGAAACACGUAACACCAUUCGAGGUGUUCGCACCGGCGAGCUGCUGCGGUCGCUGGGCUACACGAAGGAGGUAGUGGACCGGUACCUUGCGAUGGACCAGCCGAUCCACCUGGUCGGGCACUCCUUUGGUGGUGCAACCGCCAUGGUCGCUUCGUUGGAAGAGGAGAAGGCGGCGAAGGACAACAAAGUGCCAUCACCUAUUGCGUCUGUCGUCGCCUACGAUCCUUGGGGCGUGCCAAUGAAGGAGGAUAUGUUCCUACGGAGGCUUAUCGAUCGGAAAGACCCUUGUCACUAUACCACCCCGACGCUGCUUUUUUUUUCAGAAGCCUGGAUACACGAUAAGGCGCAGUGCGACUUCUUCGCCGAUGCUCAUAACGUGAUUACGAUGCAGGAGCACACGGAGGAAGAGGCGGCCGUGAUUGACGCGGCGAAUCGAAAGUUGAAGAGCCAGAACGCUACGUGGUACACACGUAGAGAUGUUUACGGCACGGGUCACCUGUCCUUCACGGAUGCCGUUCUUUUUAGUCGGGUUGUGCACCGCAAGAGCUACAUGAAAGUGGCACCCCGUGCCUCCAUCGUGGGCUUUGCACACGGCACGGUUCAGUUUAUGAAGACCAUUGCGGGUCCGAUUCCGUUCGGGAAGGACAUGGCUAGCGACCCUGCUCUCACUGCCGUGUUCCAUCGUUAG